AUGUCACGGCCAGCUCUCUCACUCCUCCAGCGGACAGCAGCACGCCCUGCGCCCGUCCGCCGGGUGCAGCAGCUCGCGUCCCGCCGACCCGCCUCGACCCACGCUCACUCGGCCGCAGAGACAGAGUACUACCCUCCAGAGACAUUCAACAAGCCGUUCUGGCGCAACCUCUCCCUCAUCGCCAUCGGGACCUUCCUGUACUCUCGCUACGCGCCGGACGAUGCCGUGCACAAGGCCGAGGACGCAGUCGAGGAGCGCCUGCCGUGGUUGUCGCGCUACCUGUCGCACAACUUUGGCGCCGACGGCAGCCAGUACAAGGAGCGCAACGACGAGCACAUCCAGUUGAUCAAGAAGCAGGCGGACGACAAGCUGUUGACCCAGUCGGCGUCCAGGCCCGUCAUGAUGCGGAUUCGCUACGUCGGAUCCUUUGAGCAGGCGUCGCCGAACAAUGUCGAGGUUGGUUCGCAGGCCGACCUGUCCGACCUCGUUGUUAAGUCUGUCAAGGACGAUGCUGCUGCAUUGGAGUAG